ACUGUCGUCAUUUCUUAUCAAAGACGAGGCGAAAGACGUCAGUUUGCCCACAGCCCGCACAUCCCACAGCCUGCAUCCCACGACACCACAUUCCACAAUGGCCCUCAACAUCGAAUCGCUGCCAACGCAGCCGCCGCAAUUGCAGUCGCAAUCGCAAUCGCCCUUGGGUUUUUUAACAGCCAACCCUUUAGCUAACGCUAUUUCCGAUGUAUACAAUUCAUUCUCUGAGCGACGAGCCAAGCUCGGCCUGUCAAACCCCGGUACCGUCGAGACGAUCGCAAAGGAGGUCCAGCGUGAAGUUUCCCUCAACAACUACAUGCAUUCAGGUAUAAGAGCAGACCUUACGAAGGUUGUCGGCCUGUCGCCGCUGUUCCAGGUUUCCCAUCAAUUCGCGAUGGGCGAGCACCAGAAUCCCUAUGCCUUUGCAGGAAUUUUUGGUACCAACAAGGUGUUCCUCCAAGGAAGCGUGGACAACACUGGAUUACUAUCGACGAGAUUCAACUACCGAUGGAAUUCGUCACUAGUCACCAAAUCUCAGUUCCAAAUAGGCGCUCAGGAUAUGGCCUCAAUCGAGCAUGAGUAUACUGGAAGCGACUUCACUUCUUCUGUUAAGAUGUUAAACCCUUCUUAUCUCGAGGGCGGAUUGACGGGUAUUUACAUUCUUAGCCAUCUUCAGUCCGUUACCCGCAAACUCGCUCUUGGUAUCGAGGCGGUCUGGCAACGAGCUGCCCUGAGUCAACCGCCCGAGUCUGCCUUGUCGUACUGCGCGAAGUACAAGUCCGAUGAUUGGAUUGCGACUGCCCAGCUUCAUGCGCAGGGCGCUUUGAAUGCGACAUACUGGCGAAGAUUGUCGGACAAGGUUCAGGCUGGCGUUGACAUGACUCUUCAAGUCGCUCCUGGCCCUGGGGGCGUAAUGGGAGGUGGCCUGCAGAAAGAAGGCGUGACAUCUGUCGGUGUCAAGUACGACUUCCGCAUGUCAACAUUCCGAGCCCAGCUCGACUCCAAAGGAAAGUUGGGCUGCAUACUGGAAAAGCGCGUGGCACCACCCGUCAUGAUGUCUUUUUGCGCCGAUGUAGAUCACUACACUCGAAAUGCCAAGGUUGGUCUCGGAAUUACUAUCGAGAGUGGUGGCGACGAACUGCAGGAGCAACAAGAAGCUCUUGGCCCUCAGGCGUCACCUAACAUCCCCUUUUAAGUCUCCACUUCUGUCAUAUUUGGAUGACUUUUUCAGCAUAGAAGCUCCCCCCUCUCACCAUCGACCCCUUAAUACACGAUCUCAGUAAUCCGGCUCCAGACCCCCAUCAAUAGUUGCGGGACUGGUGUGCUGGAGACCUCAUGCAGCAUCGACUAUUUCAUCACCCCUUGUCUUAAUAAGCAUAUUCACUGCUUUUAUAUGCGAUGCAGAAGUCGCUAGGUGGGUUGGAUGCUGCAUCAAAAUUCACGACUAUAGACUUUCUUUUCGCACCGGUCACGAGUUAUUCAACAAGUCCUGGUAUCGAGCUCGGAUGAGGCCGAGCAUCGUCCAUCUUAAAAGGAGUACUAGGUGGCAACGCGCGAAAAAAGUGUACAAUUAGGAUUAUGGCCACUACAAAGGCACCACGAAUGCAUUGGUGGUAUUAUACGUGAUGAAUGGAUGAUGGGAGUGUGGCAUGGUCAUCAACGAUACUUCGAGAUGCCUUUCGGAGAGGCGCUUGUAAUUGUA